CAACCCAGUUGAGGAUCAAAUCACCGAUUAUACCCUUGUUCCUCACCUAAUCUCUCAGACCGCAACCGCAACAAUGUCCAUUUCCAACGAAGCUCUUCAAAAGCUGGUCCGUGAGAUCGAAGCGCAGUCGAUCGCGGCUCAGCAACAAAUUGGUCUCGUCCGCACCCAGCAGGCAUCCAAGCAGCGUGAAAUGCGUCUGGCCCAGCUCACACGGAAUGAGCUCGCCACGUUGCCCGAGACCACUGCCGUGUAUGAGGGCGUUGGGAAGAUGUUCGUCUCCGUCCCUGUCCCGGCAUUGAAGGAUAGGUUGAGCACCGAGAUGAAGGAGAUGGAGACCGAGGUGGAGAACCUGGGCAAGAGGUUGCACUACCUCGAGACGACAGCGAAGAACAGCCAGGAGCAUAUCGAGAAGAUGCUCAAGGGUGGUGGACAGGCUUAAAGGGGAGCUGGGGAGCUGGGUGUCGUUCAGGGACUUAAAGCGCGAGAAGGAAGGGAGGCUGUUGCUUGAAGCGCCGAUGAGUUUGGCGCUCACAAGUUUCAACAGGGGAAACGUUAUCGAUGUCCCUGGAAAUAGGAAUCGGUAGGGCGGACUAUAAAAUAUUUUUCUUUAUGCCAACGGCACCGUGUCUAUCACAUUCAGCGGUCGGGAACAGAUAUCCCUUGAGCUUGGAGGUCCAGUUUGUGUCGUUGCUAUAUGUACACUAGCUGUGUAUGGGGAUGGCCCGCCCGCCUGCGUGCCAAUCGAACAGUAUCAUAUGCCGUUAUACGCGGCUGUGU